AUAUAGAGCUAAUCGAUGAUCUGUUGUCCUAUAAUAUGUCCUGGUCAUGACGUACACGGACUGACAGCUUUAUUACUGCUGACAGAGAUCUCAAAGGCAUCUAAAUGAUAAGACAGGUCAAUUCUGCAAAAUCAAAUUACAGCAAAUAUUCUCCCAUCAUUUUAAACUUUUCAUAAAUGUACUUGACUGAAUCUGUGUGACAACGCAGCUGCUGCAGCUUAUUGUAAAUUUUAAGCUGCUGUCAGGGAUUUAAUUAUAUUGUAGUAAGUGUUGAGUUGGUCUGUAAUCCAACAGUCCUGUUAUACAUCUUUCACAUCGGACAGAGAACCCUCGGACGUCUGCUAACACCUGCUAGCAUCUGCUAACAGCAGCAGGUGGGUCCAGUUGACCCGGGUUAAACCUUGGGUGUAUUCUGCGGAGGUUUAUGAUCUCUCUGUCAUGGCCUCAGUCUGUAACUUGACUACAUAUUUUACACAAUCGGACAAAAGACGAAGGAAUUUCCUGAUAUCCCUGCCCACUUUAUCCAAUCAGGUCAGAGAGCUCUACAGGGGGCGGUCCUGUCUGCUCGUGAACGCGCACGGUGCCUCCGGUCUGCAGUAAUGGCGGAGCAGAAGAAGCUGCCGAUCCCGGCCCUGCCUCAGACGGCCUACACCACCAAGCAGGGCAAGAGGAGGAAAACUCUGGAGGAGAAGAGAGAAGCGAAGCGAGCCGCCUCCAGGAGGAGGCAGGAGUCCUGCAGGACCCGCGUUUACAUCGGAGCAGCUUUCGACCGCUGGAAGAACCUGAAGGACUCGAAGGGUCUGAAGAGCGACGCGGAGCUCGCGCUGCUGCUGCUGGACAGCUAUGAGAGAGGCUGCCCGGCACCGACCCACGGACAGAGACUCCCGUCCCGCGGGAGCAGGAGCGCACCUGACAGGGAUCAGGCUCAGACAGCAGAUGUGCAGCCGCUGAACGGAAACAGCCCUGCGGAGGAAACUGGACUGUACCAGGUGGAGGUGAGCGUGGACUGGGACGAUGACACCUGGGAGGCGGAGACCCAUGAAGGUGUGCCUCUGACGUCAUCUGAGGAAGACCUAACGCUGGAGGUGAACAGUGAGGAUGACGAGGACAGUGAUGAAGAGUAUGUGCACCCUGUCUGUGUUAGGCCUGCUGGUGCCCUGAACACAGAACUCUGCCUCCGUGACAGAGGAGACGACAGCGGCUCUGGUCCAGAUCCAGCUGCUGACGUCCAUGUAGAGACGUGACAUCACUCGUCUGGUCGUGUUGAGUGUCAUGAUGUCACAGCACACUUCACUCGUGAUGUCAUCAGGAUGCUUCAGCUACUCUUUUCUUCAGGUGAUCGAGUGGACGACCUGGUUUUUCCAGUGUAACGACACUAAAGAAACGAUCAUGUUGGCGGACGCAGGCGAGAGAAGCUGUCAGAGUUCUGCACAGACGUCCACUAUUCAUGUCUUUAUGCAGGAGCACUUCAGAAAGACGAGUGCAGUGACGGACACAAGUGUUGUUAUAAAGGACAGUGGCCCCUGCUUGGACCUCUGCACCGCGUGGGCCCGCGGGCCUGUUCAGGCUGUGUUCUGAUUCCUGAACAUGUGUUAGAAUAAAUCACUGAGCAGUCCACUUCA